UGCGCAUCGCCGCGACCAUGAGAAACUUUACAACCACCUCAGCUGACGAACAAGAACUGUUACAACAAGCAAAAAAAGGCUCAGAGUAUUUCAGUCUACAUUUUUCUUCAACGGAAAGUCUAGCAAGAUCAAUCAGGAUAGUAAUAGAUAUUUAGAGGUCUUUAGAAAAUAACAAUGAGGUGGAUUAUGUAUAUACUUGGGCUAUUUUUCAUGGCGAUGCGAGGUGGUUUUGUGCAAGGGCAACAUAAACAACAAGAGAAUGAGGAGGAGGGAGGAAUUCUCAAUUGUCUUUUCAAAUCAAAUUACGUGACUUGUAUGAAGAAACGAAUGGCUUGGGAGAUAGAUAGAAUUGAAAUGCAGAUCACUGGUAGAGCUAGCCAAAUUCCAAUGUCCAAAAUCAUUGAGGAAAGUGGCAGCUUGCUGGCCAACGGCAUGCAUACCAUUUUCAGACCGAAAAAAGACGAUAUCAAGACCCUGAAGACCUAUAAGAACGCAAACUCUGAAAUCGAGUCACGGAAAAAGAAAUUAGGUAAAAAGAAAAAGAAGCAUCUACAGAAGCUCCUAUUGAUUGUAAUGCUGCUUAAGUCGAAAAUCAGCCUCCUGCUACAACUUCUCUCGACCCACUUCCAGGUGAAGUUUUUUUUAAUAGCUAUUCUCAGCUUACUAAUGAAUGCUGCACGAUUCUGGCUCGAUAUCAAGAAAGGUCAUCGACCUUCUAAAGUUAUUUAUUAUGAACAUGCCCAGCAUCAACACCAUUAUGACCAUGACGACGAUCAUGGUAUCUGGGGUAGAUCCUCGGAUGAAAUACCUCAGGAGCUCGCCUACAGUGCUUACGCGCCAGAACUUUGAUAAACCAACCUGAACUGCGUGAUAGAACAAAAAAAUUUGUAAUUUUGAUAUACUUACUAUCUUUGAAAAAUACGGUAUCGUUUCAAUAGAACUAGCAUUGAUGAUUUUAGCAUAACUUCUAAAUUGUGUUCGACAGACAAUACAAAAUUAAAAGCUUCACCUAUCUACAAGAAGGUUUAGCCACAACGAAAAUUAAUGAAUGAAAAAUAAAUAUGAGCAUAGAUG